AUGGAAGAAAUUUACCCAGAUAAUAUAGAUGAUUCUCAGAGCUCAUCUGAUGCACCAAAGCCACCACCGAAGAUCCAGAGGAGUAGAUUCAAUGUUCUGUCAUUGAUUCGAUCUGUAGAUGCCUUUGCAGUAAUGCCAUUGAUGACCCACAAUAAAAAGCCUUACUAUCAAACCAUUUAUGGGGGAAUUGUGAGCGUGCUUAUCAUGAUCGCAACGGUUGCUUAUUUUAUAAUCAUUUUCACAGAUCCAUGGGAGACUACCGAAAGCACAAGCUCUACCAGGCUUCUGGUUGCUAACACCAAGCAUAACAUCACAUAUGAAACACAGUUCUCAUUGACUCCUGCUUUCCAUGAUAAAGAAGAGACUCAGAUGACUUACAAGCCUUUCUUGGAUGGCUUCAACAUAGCUGUCUCCAGGAACCCUAUAGAGCCGAUUGAUCCUAGUGUUUACGUUUUUAUGAUUCACUACUACAAUGGGCAAUCUGAAGUAUCAGCAAAUUAUACGAUGAGGUUUUGCCAAAUCAAUGACUACCACCCAAGUCUUGAGCCUGAACUAACAGCACUUGGCGUUGAUUAUUGGAUGUGUCUCGAAAAUAGAAGUGCUAUAGAGAUAGACUACUCCAGACCACCUACUUUUAAAGGAUUCACGAUUGGAGGGUAUGAGUGCCAACAAGUUUCUAGUGAAUGCAGUUCCUCACCUACAUACAGUGAAAUCUCUGGAGCUAGCUUGAUACAUUGGGUUGAUGCAUAUUAUGAUCAUACUAAUCCGUUAACUCCUAUUAAGUAUGUCCUCACUAGCGGAAAUCAGUACCUUAUGGACUAUACAACUAGAGAUUUUAUAAAUUUUGAAUUAAUCAGAAACGAACUUCACGACCUUGACGGAAGGGUGACUAACUUCUGGCGCCUCCAGCUCGUCACCUACUUCAGCAAAGAUGGUUUCAUUGGGUCAGAUUUCUACGUGACCGUUCUCCUCAGCAAUGAGUACAACCUCUAUCUCCAAUACUACGCUUAUUCUUCUCCUCAGUCUCUUCGUAACCUGGACACAGAACAAGUCACGACCAAGACUGAUAAGGAAGAGGUGAACAGCAAGUUCAUGUUCAAGUUCCUCUUCGCACUGUCCCAAGCAGGAGGGCUCUACACACUCUUACUAGUAAUAAUUGGAUUGGUGCUGUCACCACUGAUCACAAGAAAUUUCUACGAAGACUCUUGUGAAAAACUUGUAGAGAAAAACCUCAAGAUGAUGGAGAAUGUUCAGGAUUGUAGUGAAGAUAGUUAUGAUGUCAAUUUUAAGAACAUGGACAAAGAGACACAUAAAAGAGCUCUAGAAGAGUAUAAGAACACUACUACACUUAGUAGUUUGUCUGCAGAGGUUAAUGUUAUUGAUUACAGGAUGCAUGUUUUAAGUGAGAAAGUGUUUAAUAUGAAUACUUCAGAUAUACCUGAUAUGAGUAUUCAUGGUGAUAAACUAAAGAGUAAGAAUAAAUAUCAAAGCCAGGAUCUGAAUAUUGAUUUCAAUAGAACUGAGAAAACUAACGAUAUUAAUUCCUCUGGCAUAAAUCUCAACAACAUAAAGAAAGAAAACAUGGUACAGAACCAAAUUCAACCAUUUAAUACUAAGAAAACUACGAAGAAUGGAAAAACAAAUAAAAAUAACUCGGUUUUGCCCAUUCAACAACCUGAAUCUAUUAAACCUCAACUAAAAUUCCAGCAAAAAAAACAAAUAUCUUCAUCUCAAUCUUACCAAUCUCAUGAAAUGGCUUCAGUCCAAGCUCAUAGUCCUCCCUCAGAUCCUAAUACUCAAGCUUCUGCCCAACCUUCGACUCAGCAGCUCUCUCAAGCUCCCUCUCAAGUUCCUAUUCUACAACCUUCAGCACAACGCGAGAGCCAACAGCCUUCAGCCAAACUCGAGAGUCAACAACCUUCAUCCCAACUAAAAGGCCAACAACCUCAACCAGCUGCUCAGGAGCCUCAAAGCCAGCCUCCCAUUUCUCAACAGCCAACAGAACCCCUCACCCAGCAGCAGCCAUCCCAUGAACUCUCUCAAGCUCCCACUCAGCCACUCACUCAAAAUCCUUCUCAAGAAUUACUCACCCUCUUAUCCCAACAACUAUCCCAGCUCAACAUUCAUCAGCUUGCUCAGCUCCAGUCACAAGACCCCAACCUCGCUCACCCAUCCACUCUCCCUCUCGCCAAUCUCCUCUCUCAGGCACAACUUUCAGCCCAACCCCAGCCCCCAGUCCUUCCUCCUUCUCAAAAUUUCAUCCAACCUCCAGCUCCCGCCCCUGCUCCAGAUCCUUCACCACUACAGAUUUCAAAAGACAGCAUAAGCCAACUUCUUGAUGAGUUCAAUAUAAGUGACAUUAAGGAAGAAAACACCCAGCCACUCCAGGAGAAGCCAAGCUCUGCUCAACCAAAAAAGGAUGAAAUGAUAGAUGAUAAGAACAAAGUGUCCAGCUUUAAUUUUUAAAGAUUCUCAGUGAG